AUAAAUUGUGAUAUACUUCCACUAUUUUCAUCCACCUUAAACGGAUUCAAAAGCUCAUCUGCAAAUGAAAAGGAAGCCUUGAAGAACCUCGGUGAUCUCAAACUCUUCAUGAAGAACAUCGAUGGAAAUAAAGACAUUUCGGAUUAUUGUUUGAUUAUCUUAGACUUGAGAAACUCCUGGUCAGAGGAGUUGAGUAUUUCUAUCAACUUUAUGUCAGGAGCUGACCAAGUGUUCAAGAUCAAUGAUACAUUAAGACCAAGAAAGGCCGCAAGAUAUUUGAUACCGACAAGGAGAGUUGGAUUCAAGGAUUUGGAUUUCAAUAAGAGAAUUCCUUCAUUGAGAAACAAGCAGUAUGUUAAAGACUACCUGAUUUCUGAAGCUGAAGAUCUUGAAAUGAGACAAUCUUUUUGGCUUCGGGAGAAUUUCUUAAGUAGAAUCAGUGGUAAGUGGUCCAAUUCAGUAAGGCACGGAACCAUCAGCUUCAGAAGUAUAAGGCUCACUAAUAAGAUGGUCAACUCAUUAAUGUACUCGAGAAUCAAGAUCACCCACCACAUUUUGAACGAGGAAGACCUCUCUUGCGUUGCCCGUUCUGGGGUUCACUUAGCGUUACAAACUGAACAGUUCUACAUCAUGAGGACCGUUAUUACUAAUUAUUCCGACCAACCAAUCUCAGGUAUCCUAAGACAUUUGCCAUAUCCGUUGAUUAACAGCAGCCAAAAUUAUUCCCAGAUACCCCACAAAGAUCAACUAAAUAUCGACAAGAAGAUUCUAUUCAACGGACUAUUACAAUUAAAGUUACCAGAAGUCGUCGAGCCAAAUCAGUCUUUGACAGUGGAUUUGAGUUUUACUAUCCUCGAGCGAGGAGAAUACGAGUGGGGAUCAUUAUUAGAUGCUGUCAGUGACUCCAUCGAAGCAUUCAAGGUGACCAGCAGAGAACUGGUAUACGUAGUAGCAUCGUAGCAUAACAUUAGUAAUUGCAUAGCAUUAAUAGAUAAAUUUAUUGUAAUUAUGUACAAGGGUUGAUAGUGUUUGCUUUACUUUUUUCCUGGAGCCAACUUGAAAGGUAAUUCUUGUGCUCCCUCGGCCUCAAGUUUUUUGAUGUAUCUUUCUCUAGUGAUAUCGUUAUACCUUUUCUCCUGGAAGUACUUGAACCAACUAGCCACACAGUUGUUCUGAAACUCGGUUCUCAAAGUCCCACAGUUGUUUUCAACUGCAUCUUUUUGUUUGGCAUCCAACGAGUUGUCGAUUCCGUGCGCGGUUAAGCAUUCAAAAAACCUGUCACGGCUGUCCCAACAUGUUUGUCUUUUGUUUUUAUCUGGAGGGGCUUGUACCUCACUGCUAAACCAACCCAUAAUAAAGAAGGUAUUGACUAGUGAAAAAUCGAAAUCGCGAACUCGAUCAAGGAUGAGGUUCCUGUGGAGCAGAGUAAACCGUUGUUUUAGCUGAUGUUAGGCUUGAAGGAUCCUGAUGAUGAUUCGAUCAUUAAUCUGAACAAGUACAACCUGUUUGUCUAAGAAUGAAGCUUGAAGCGAUAUUUUCUGCAGAAUCAGUAACAGGUUUCAAAGUCACUCAUCGUGAUUGCGGCCCAUUUUUGUGAGAUGAGCAUUCAACUUUAACUGUGGAAAAUCCCCAAAACCACACACCAUGUCAGACAUUGAAGUAGACUUUCACCACGAUCCCAAUGAUAUAGAACACAUGCAGUUUGACAUCAGGUACCGUUCUAGUUCAAUCAACUCGUCAAGUGGACAGACACUCCCCAAAAUUAAGAUUCUUGGAACUGGAGGUACCAUUGCAUCCAAAGGAACUUCAGCGCAUCAAACAGCCGGUUACAAGGUUGAUUUGACAAUAGAGGAGAUGGUUCAGUCUAUUCCUGACUUGGGUAGUACCUGCGAGUUGUCGUACGAGCAGAUUUUGAAUGUGGAUUCCAAGGAAAUAGGUGCAAAAGAGUUGCAAGUUAUCUACAACGCAGUAGUUGAUAAUAUUGAGGAGUAUGAUGGGUUGGUGAUCACACACGGAACAGAUACAAUGGAAGAAACUGCUUUUUUCUUACAGUUCACCAUCAAAACAUCCAAGCCAGUUGUUAUGUGUGGUUCAAUGAGACCUUCAACUGCGAUUUCAUCAGAUGGUCCCAUGAACUUAUACCAAGCAGUGGUGAUUGCCUCCCACCCUGAGUCCAGAGACCGGGGGAUUUUAGUGGCAUUCAACGACAGAGUGAUUUCAGGCUAUUUCUUGAAGAAAAGUAAUGCUAACUCUCUUGAUACAUUCAAUGCCAUAGGCCAAGGGUAUUUGGGGAACUUUGUCAAUAACCAGAUUUACUACUAUUUUCCACCUUCAAAGCCUAUGGGAGUGUCAUACUUGCCGAUUCCACCAGGAUUCGACUUUCAGUUCCCAGAAGUCACGGUUUUAUUCGGACACCAGGGAUUUAAUGAUGAUUUGUUGCCUUUACUCUUUGACAGUAUCAAAAUCAAAGGGUUGGUAUUGGCAACAAUGGGGGCCGGUUCCAUGAAGGACACCACCAAUAAAGUUGUGUUUGAGCUCAGUAACAAGUUCAAGGUACCUGUCAUUUAUUCCAAGAGAUCUAUGGAUGGGAUGGUUACUGUUGGCUCAUUACCUAAGUUUGAAGGGUCACCCUGUAAUAAUCUUAUUGCUAGUGGAUCAUUAAGUCCGCAGAAAUCCCGGAUUCUCCUUCAAUUGUGUUUAAUCAACAACUUCAGCGUGGAUACCAUCAAGUCGUACUUCAAGAAAGUAUACGGAGGUUCAUAAUAUAUUUAUAUUGAUAUUAAUAAACACAGCUAAUGCUACACAUACGGGACCAUAAACACAACCAUUUACUUGUAAGCUUCUUCCACUCUGUCCUUACAAGACUCCAAGAUCUUUUUUCUUUGUAACUUUUGUGCUGAAGUAACAAAACCGUUUUGUGGAGUCCAUUCUUCGUCCAAUAACACGAUAUUUUGCAAUAAUUCGAUACCCCUUAACCCUUGAGACUUACCGGUGGCCAAAAGGGAUUUUAAAACUGCCUUCGAAACCUUCUUGUCGUGACACAAGUCAGCCAAAGCCUUUGACUUCAACUCGGAAUCAGAGUAGAUGUUCGAUUCCUUCAAAAAACUUCUCAAAUGAGGUUCGUUUGGUAAAAUCAUAGCCACAGGCUUAACUUUGGUCUGAUCAGCAUAAACACAAAGGUUCAAGACGUUUGUGUUUGAUCUGUAAAUAGAUUCCAACUUUUCCAAAGCAAUAUAUUCACCAUUCAAAGUCUUCACCAAGUUCUUUCUUCUAUCAAUGACCUUCAAGUUACCGUUGGCAGUCCAUUCACAGAUAUCACCAGUCUUGAACCAGCCAUCUGGAGUGAAAGCAUCGGCCGUUUCCUUUUCAUUCUUAUAGUAUUCCUUGGUGACAGGUGGACCUUGUAACAAUAAUUCACCUUGGUUGUUCUUAGCAAAGUAACCAGCUUCUGGAACGUCAAUCAACUUGGCGGUGACGGAACCCAAAAGACAACCAGCAAUUUCGAAAUCAAAGUGAUCAGGGUCAACAAUAGUGGUAUUGGCAACGGUCUCUGUUAAACCGUAACCCAUCAACAUGGGACAAAUCAAGGUACUGAUAAACACUUGUGCAUCUCUGGAAAUUGGAGAACCACCGUUAAGACACAACUUCAAACAACCACCGGUGGCCUGCUUAACCUUUUUGAAAAUCACAUCGAACAAUCCUGAACCAGGCAUAUUGUAGUCCUUAAAUGCCAACUUGGCCUUGAAAGCAGCCCAAAAGAUUUUUUGGGUGAGUGGAGGCAAUUCCUUAACCUUGGCCAAAAUUCCUUUUCUAACCGAUUCCCAAACGGCUGCAACCCCAACCAUGACAGUCGGUUUGAAUUCAAUCAAAUCAGAUUUACAGUUUUUACAGGAUGCGUCAGUCAACGUCUUGACGUUGGCAUAUCCCAAAGUAGCACCCCACCAGAAACAAGUCACUUCAAACGCCAAUUCAAAGAUGUGAGCCAAUGGCAAGAAUGCAACCACCCUAUCGGUGUUUUGCACCACGUUUCUACCAGCUACGGUGGAAACUCCACCCACACCCGAAACAACAUUUUCGUGGGAUAACACCACCCCCUUUGGGUCCCCGGUGGAACCAGAGGUGUACAUGAUACACGUCAAGUCUUCGGGCUUGGCGGUCUUGAUGGCAUAUUUGGGGUCGUUUUCAACUUCUUUACCCAAUUUGAGUACAUCUUCGUAGCUGAUAAAGGUGAUAUCGGGGUUUAUUUCCAAGAUCUUCGCCUUGGCCUCGGAGGCAGACUUGUAGAAAAGCCCGCCUUGACGCUUGUCGUUCUCAUCAAUUGGGUCAAAGUGGAUGAUAUACUUGAUGGAGGUGGCUUGCUUGAUCGGAUUGAUCAAGUUGCCCAACAACAAGUUAUCGGUGAACACAGCCGAACUGUCAGUUUGCACCAACGAAUGGGUCAAUCCUUUUUCCCCCAAGGUGUCAUAGGCGGUGACAAUGGGAAUGUUCUGAGAGCUACAAGCCAAAUAGGUUUGCAUCCAUUUGUGGGAGGUGGACGCAAAAAUGUGCAACUUGUUGGCCUGUUCAGGCUCAAUUCCC